GCUGCCUUUGCUGCUUCUUUCUUCUAUUUUUCUACUGCCAUGGUCGAGUCGAAGCUCUUUUCAAUUGAAAACCAGUAUCUUGAUGACAUCUGCCAGAGCAUCAAGCAGAGACCUGUUUACUGGGAACGUCUUAUUCGUGCCAACAUUGUCAGCGAGGAAGAUGCUACGAGAAUGAAAAUAUUGGAGAAACAGUCCACCGACGAGAAGAUUUCUGCUGUUCUUAGUGAUCUUGACCUAUAUUCCACCACCAUUCUCAAUUUGCUUUCUGUCUCCAACAGACCCGACAUCUUGAAAUACUUGCUCAUCCUCAUCUUGGAGCUAAUUACUAAAGUCCCCAAUGUCCAGUUCUUGAACAACUUGCUUGAUUUAAACAAGAUUGACAACAACUUGCCUUUCGAUCCCUUUUUGAAAAACUUGAAAAACUUGUCCACUUUCAACAACGAUAAGGACUCAAUUCAGUUACUAUCCGUUUAUAACUUGUCUCUAAUAUUCCUUCAAUAUUCAACUGUUAUCGGCAAUACCGAUAACCAAGCCAAAGAAAAGCAUUUUUCCUUUAACAAUGAUUCUUUGAUCUCUCUUUUUGAUCACUUGAACUCUCUAGUUCAGUCCUCAAACUCGAAUUAUAGAACUAUUGCGGUUCAAUGUAUAAGUGAAUUAUUGUCUAUUAAAUCUUAUAGAUCCGUUUUUUGGUCAAAAAAUUCACACUACAUUCCCUCUUUGAUUUCUUUAUUGACACCAUACUCAAAGAAAAAACUAUUCUCAUCGUCCUUGUCAAACCCAACUCCUCAAUCUAAUUCCCAAUCUCAAUCUCCAAAUCUUUCUUCAUCUGAUCACUCAAAUCAACCACAAUCAAAUCCCUCUUCUGCUUCUCCAACACCUUCCCCCACUCCUUCUUUAUCCGCGUCAAACCCAUCCGUUUCCUCUUCUUCUACUCUUAUAUUUAGAAAUGAUCUCCAAACUCAAUACAAAGCCUUAUUAUCUUUAUGGUUAUUAAGUUUUAACCCUUCAUAUGCCGUUGAUUUAGUUCUAAACAAUAAAAACUUAUUAAAAACUCUUAUCACAAUCUCAAAUGACUCAAUUAAAGAAAAAAUCGUUAGAUUAUCAAUAUCAAUUCUAUUGAAUUUUAUCAAUACAACAAAUGAUCUGAACAAUAAUUACACUAACAAACCUUUAAUAGCAAAAAAGAAAAAAAUCACCAAAAUCUUAUUAUUAAAUGACUCCCUACCAAUCAUCACUAAUUUAAAUCAAAGAAAAUGGUCUGAUGAAGAAUUAAUUGACGAUUUGAAUAAUCUAUUAGAAAUCUUAAAUAACUCUUACCAAAAUUUAACAACUUUUGAUGAAUACAUAAUUGAACUAGAUUCAAUGGAAUUUAACUGGUCACCUCCUCAUAAAAAUAAAGAAUUUUGGAUCAAUUACAUCAAUAAUUUCAAACUAAAUGACUGGAAACUAUUUAAGAGACUAAUGAAUUUAUUCAACUCAACCUUAUCAAAUUUAAUCAUAUAUAAUAACGAUUCUGAAAAAUUAAAAACCUUGAAUAAAACUUUAGCUGUUAUUUGUAAUGACAUCUCAAAUGUUAUUAAUCUUUUACCUGAAUCAAUGGUCAUCUUAAACAAUUUAGGCUCAAAACAAAAGAUUAUGAGUUUAAUGAACUCAAGUGAUAUCAAUUUAAGAUAUGAAGCUUUAAAAACAACACAAGUUUUAGUUGCUCAUUCUUUUAAUUAAAUGAAAUAAUUUAUUCAAUUCAUUUUUCUUAAUCAAAAAAACCAAA